CCUCCCUUCCUUGAGUAAAGGGAGGAGGCUGGGAACAGGUGUAACACCUAUCAGCUCCAUUUCCAGAGGAAUGCAAAACAGUCCAGGGCGAAGCUUGCACUCCAAACCUCUCCUCACAUCUCACGCUCACAGAACUCUGGAGUUUAGCAGUCAUGGCCAACGGCGCUCUGGAGAUUGUGGGAAUGUGCGUGACCCUGAUAGGGCUCAUUGGAGCGGCGGCCAGCACUGGAAUGCCGAUGUGGAGGGUGACGGCUUUUAUCGGCGAGAACAUCAUUGUGAUGGAGACUCGAUACGAGGGAUUGUGGAUGAACUGCUACCGGCAAGCAAACAUUCGUAUGCAGUGUAAAGUGUACGAUUCUUUGCUGGCACUGUCUCCUGACCUCCAGGCCGCUAGGGGACUCAUGUGCUGCUCUGUAGCUUUGACCGGUCUAGGUUUACUGAUUGCGAUCGCAGGGAUGAGAUGUACGGCGUGCAUCCAGGACAACGACCGAGCCAAGCGCAUGAUUCUAAUCAUAUCCGGUUGCAUGAUUCUUAUGGGUUGCCUCUGCUGCAUCAUUCCCGUCUCAUGGACCGGCCACGCUAUCAUUCAAGAUUUCUACAACCCGCUACUCAUCGACGCCCAGCGUAGGGAACUAGGUGAAGCACUCUACAUUGGUUGGGUGUCGUCUGCGUUCCUGUUUGCUGGUGGUUGCAUAUUUGUCUGCUGUAACGGCCCCCUAGACAAAGGCCCGGACACAAACAGAUACAUGUAUGCAAGGAACGCCCCCUAUGUGGCCUAUCAGCCUCAACCUGUGGCCUAUGUUCCCCAACCAAGAUCUGUUUAUAGCCAUCCUUCUGACCCACCAUCAUUUAUUCAGACUUCUUACCAACCGUCCAGACAGCAGUCAUUUAUCCAGCCAUCGAGGCAACAGUCCUUCAUACAUCCAUCCCGAUAUCCGUCUGCCCGCAGCGCUGUCGCUUAUCUCUGAAAUACAGCAGGACAUUUCAAAGGCGUGCGUAUUUGCGUUUGUGUACUGUAUGUGUGCACGCGUGUUAGAGAGGAAGUGAAAUAGUAAAUGGACUUGUUGUAAACAAAGGAUUUUUAUAAAAAUGUGUCGAAAUGUUUAUUUUUCAAAGGUAACAACAUUAGUUGCACAUUUCACUCUUUUUUUCCAUUUCAUGUGUAUUGUGUUUUUGGCAUUUUUGGCAAAACAAUAUAAAUAUUGUUAGCAAUAUAGGCUUUUUUAAGGAUGUAAAUAUAAGCACGCUGAGAACCGAUUGAUGAAAAUGAUGAAGAAUUGUUUUAAUGUUUUUAUUUUUAUUUUUUUAUAUGAUUUAUUGUGAAAUACAGAUCAAAUACCUCAUGUCAUUGUUACUUGGGGUAUUUUGUAUUAUUUGAAGCUGACUAAAAUAUAAACUAGACUACGAAAAAAAAUUAAUAUUUGACUAUUAUUUUUGGAAACAUCAAAAGCCCAAAGUAGUGAUAUGAAUCUAUAAGUACUCUCAGGUUAGGAUAUUUCGUUUUGAAAUGGUAGUUUGAAAACACAGAAGUAACAGCAAUAAAACAAUUGGUAGCACUUUACAAUAGUGUUCAUAAUACCUAAUGCAUUAACUAAUAGAACCUUAUUGUAGUGUUAGCAAACAAUUCAUGUGCAUGGAGUAUCAAAUGGAAAAUGAGUUUGUAUUGUUCUUUUUUCUAUUUUGUUUUUGCUCAAGAAUAAUUCUUAGAAGAAAUCUUUUUAUCUAUAUGAAUCAUUGUGGAUGUUUUCUCAUCAAGUCACAGGCGCUUAUGAGUUGAAUUGCUGAUCCUUUAUUUGCUAAAUUUGGUGGUUUAGUUCGAUUCAGUGCAUUGGUGAUCUUAAUGCCCUGCGGCUUCAGAUAAAUGGAAAGCCGCUGUGAAAUGUAAGACAGCUAUUGUCUUGAGUGUAGACACACCCAGAGACACACAAGAGCUUGUUAUGUUAGUAGCAGUGGUGCUACGACAGAACCAGGAAACUUUAAAUUCUGCAGGAAAAAAACAGAUACAAAAGUUACCACACACAGAUAUGAAAACUGGACAAGCAGCUUUGCUGAAGUGGCAACUGUAUACUUUUCGGACAUAGUGAGGGUGUGAGAUCUGUUUUACUGUGGACUUUGCUAUAAAGGUAUUAUUGUAUAAGAUAAGAUGAAUCACUCUGAAAAAAAAAAUUAUAUACAUGUAUGUAUAUAUAUAUAUAUAUAUAUAUAUAUAUAUAUAUAUAUAUAUAUAUAUAUAUAUAUAUUAAAUGAGCAAUUAUUAAUUGAAAAAUAAAGUGAUUUACUGUAAUUAAUGAACUGACUAAAUUAAAUAAUCUUUUG